AUGGCUCCUAAUAAGAAUCCCGGGCGAAGAGAAGUUCGUCAAAGGAAGCUUGCAAAGACAACACCCCAACAUGUCUUCAGAGAAGAUGAAUUUGACGCCGAUGAUUACAGUUCACUAUUGAAUGUCUAUCAAGGUGGUCCAUCUGGGGUGGAGGCGGCCGAAGAGAAAGAAUAUCAUUUACAAGCUGCACUAAGAACCACAACCAGUGCAACUGCCAAGGAGGUCGAAGAGAUUCCAGCGCCUCCUGCUGAAGAGGGUAAAGACAUCGAUUAUGACGCCCUCUACAGCCUGGAAUACCAUAAACCAGCCACAUACAUCCGUACCUCCCAAACUGUCGAGGAGUGUACUGGUGUCCAGUACAACAUGACAACAGAGGAUGAUGUCUUUCUCAAAGCACAUAACCAGAAGAAGCCGCAAGCAGCGAAGUGUACCGAGGAUGAUUUCGAGAAGUUGAUGGAGAUUUUCGAGGACAAGCAUGACUCCGAGAUUCCUUUUGCAUCAGUAGAUGGUACCAUCUUACCCUUUGAAGAUCACAAGUCUCUCAUCGCCCAGCGAUUUCAAGGCAGGAAUGUCGCUUUCGCAAAGGAUGUUUUUGAGUACUGGAAGAGUCGUAGACAAGCCUCGGAUAAUCAUCCGCUGCAACCAAAACUCAAGGAGGAAGUUGACCAAAACAAAGAUGACGCUGAUCCAUAUGUCUGCUUCAGACGUCGGGACGUUCGACAGACCAGGAAAACGAGAGCUCGUGACACACAGAGUGUAGACAAGUUGAAGAGACUGAGAAGGGAACUGGAGGCGGCUAAUGAGAUAGUCGUACUCGCGCAUGACAGAGAGGUGUCGAAGCAGCAAUUCGUACAUCUUGAAAAGACUAUCUUCUUGGAACGAGCUAAGGUCAAAGAAGCUAAGGUCAGACUUGGCAUCAAAACAGACGACGAUGAUCUCCUAAUCAACCAACGUCCACAGAAGAGGAAGAUAGCCGACUUUGCUCAACCACCCCGCCUGCCUGGGUCGCAGAUGCGCUUCCAAGGAAGACCAGAUGGCAAAGCCCUCGACGCUGACCUCAUUUUGCUGAGUGACAUAGUGGCCCAAAAGGAAAAUGCUCUUCAGAUAGAGAUCGAAGAGAAAGCCCAGCAACACCGCAAAUGGAACUUGGGCCAUGUUGAUCUGACUCGAGAGCCACUGUCACCAGUCCAUGGACAAGGUGCUGAGAUGGGUUUCCGACCUGCCACAGCUCAGUAUCAGUAUCUGAUGACUCCUCCAUCUUCCGUGACAUCAGAGUCCUUCGACCACCUCUCUCCGGUCCAGGAAAAAUCUGAGCCCUUCUCGUUCCGAUAUGGUUCUCCUCCAGAAGAAGAUGAGCCCCGUGGGCAGCCAGCUUAUCGAAGAAGAAUCGGUAGAGGUGGCCGACUUUGGAUCGACCGUAGAGGAAUGGCUGCUCCACAGAGGGGAGUAGAUACAGAAAUGUCCGAUCGCUGGAAGUAUGACCAAGAUGACGAUGAUGAGCAACCGGUGUACGAGGUAGAUCCUUAUGACACGAAAGCUCUUCGAUUUCGUGCAACCAUACCCUUUCCUGCUCACCUGAAUCCACAAAAUCAGCGUUCUCGACAAGAUGAGCGAUCGAUCCAGCAAGCUAGAAACACUGGCAUCAGUCCAGCAAAUCGAGUAGUUGCGACAGGACAACAAACGUCUGCGCAACCACAACCUCAAGCGCCGACUUGA